AUGGAUUUAACCACUUUUUGUAAUGAAUUAAAACAACGAAUUCCUGGUUCAAUUGAAGUAGCGAUGUAUGACCUCAAUAAGGUUGAAAUUGCAACAAGCAAUGAACAACAAACAAACGAUAAUUUGAAGUAUUUAAAAGAAGAAGAAAUAUAUGAUAAUGUCUCAAAGUUUGGGAGAGGAAAACACAGUUGUUCUACAAUUGUGAUGGAUGAUAAAACAAUUAUGAUAUUGACUUGUGGAAAAAUUAAAGUAUUUAUUUCAUUACGGCCUUUAUCUAAUAUUGGACUUAUAUACUCUCUUCUUCCAUCAAUCCAAUCAAGUCUUUCAACGAUCGAAAUCUAA